AUAGGUUUGUUAUUCCUGUCACAAACCCCUUAAACUCGCGCUUUGCUCCUCUACAUCUCUUUCUCCGGCCGACGCCUCCUUUCUUCAGCUCCCUUAUUCUGCAAGCUUAUUUUGACAGAUAUGGGUGGUGCUAAAGCAAGGAAGAAAGACAUAACUAAGAAGUUGAAGAAGGGUGCUACCGAAUUAUCUGCUUCUAAAGAUAAAGCUGCUGACUUUUUGCCAUUGGAAGGUGGGCCGGCUAGGAAACUUCCAGAUAUUGAAGUGCGGGAAAGUAAAGCGACAGUGUUGUAUAUUGGAAGGAUUCCACAUGGAUUUUAUGAGAAUGAAAUGGAAGGUUUCUUUAAGCAAUUUGGUACAAUAAAGAGGCUUAGACUUGCAAGGAAUAAAAAGACAGGAAAAUCAAAGCAUUUUGGCUUCAUAGAAUUUGAGUCCCCUGAGGUUGCUAAAGUGGUUGCGGAUACUAUGCAUAACUAUCUAUUGUUUGAGCACUUGUUGCAAGUUCGUCUUAUUCCUCCUGAACAUGUUCAUCCCAGAUUGUGGAAAGGUGUGAACCGCUGGUACAAACCGUUGGAUUGGGUGAAAAUUGAAAGGAAGCGUCAAGACAAGGAAAGAACAUUAGAAGAGCACAACAGGUUGGUUGAAGGAAUUCUAAAACGUGACAAAAAGAGGCGAAAGAGGAUCGAGGCAGCUGGAAUUGAUUAUAAGUGCCCAGAAAUGGUGGGUGCAAUUCAGGCUGCUCCAAAGAAGAUCAAGUUUGCAGAUUAGAUCAUUCUAAGGCUAGUAUAUGCGCCAAAAAUAGUAUCUAUGGCAACAAGCAGAUCAAUAAUGUAGCCGCUGAUUUGGAAGGUUGCCGGCCACAUUAUUUUGCUACAGUGUAUGCUGCCAAUGAUCUCUGGACUAUCGAUAACCUUGGAUUUCUUCAAUUUUGACAAUGAGAAGACGAGGAUGAAUUUUGCAUUUUAUAUAUGAUUGUAAACCGUGAAUCUAUCAUCUAUUUACUGUAGAGCAGUUGCUUUUCUUCUUUUGUCCUAACCUCAAUCAAAGCUAUCAGAAACUUCUUUUUCUUUCUAA